GUUUCAUAAGCUUAUAUUCAAAAUUGUGUUUUAUACGCAUUUAGAAUUUUAUUAGAUUAAUAUUUAAAACUUAGCAAUUUUUUUUUUGUACACUUUUUCUCAAUCUUUUCCAACGUAAAUUCGAGUUAUUAAUUUAAUAUUCAAAUAAGCCGCAAAUUUUAAUAAAUCGGCGCGUGACGUGCGAUAUCUCCGACACUGCGCAAGUAUGACUUCGAUUGACGCAUAUACAUUCACGCGUCCAUCCGCAGACGUCAGAGAGGAAAUAAUCGCAGUAUAGUGUGUAUCUUGUGCAUAAGAGAGAGAUAGUUCUUUCGCGCCUGCUUAUAUUAAAUUAGAAAAGAAAAUGAGAAGUGGCAGCAGAUUACUAAAAGUUCUUCUACAAGCUUCAGAGAAGGCAGCAAAUAUUGCCAGGACUUGUCGACAGAAAGAAGCCUUAUUUCAAUUGCUGGUACAAGAAAAAUCUCUAGAAGAAAAAAAUCCUCGCUUCUUCCAGGAUUUCAAAACAUUAGCUGAUGUUCUUAUUCAAGAAACCAUCAGACAUGAUAUAGAGAUUGAGUUUCCAGAAUUAGCUAAGCUAGUACAAGGGGAAGAAACCAAUGUAUUUAGCAAUACCUUGGGAGAGUCUAUUAUUGUGGAUGUCUGUUCGUGCAGCGAAGAUACAACACAACUACUGACUAAAGUUAUGGGCAAUGACGUUGUGGCAGCAGAAUUACUCGCUGCUGAAGUUCAUAAGGAUGUUCAACUUUCAGAUGUACCAAUCACGUUAGAGAUCCCCGAUGAUUUUGACAUCAAUGUAGAUGAUCUUGGUAUCUGGAUAGAUCCAAUUGAUUCAACAGCAGAUUACAUAAGCGCAACGGAAGCGGUGGAUGAGCAGACGGAAUUACAUUUAAGCGGUUUACGUUGUGUCACCGUAUUAAUCGGGGCAUAUAAGAAAAGUACAGGAGUACCGGUUUUGGGUGUAGUUAAUCAACCUUUUGGCACCAAUGUAGACUCGCAAUGGAUAGGAAGGUGUUACUGGGGUUUCCUGGCAAGUGGCAUUAGCAAGUCUUCCAUAAGCAACGCGUGUAAUGAUGAUAAAAUCAUUUUACUCAGCCGUUUCGAAGACGCUGAUGUGAAAUCAAAGCUAUUAAAUAGCGGAUUUAGACUGGUGGAGGCGACAGGAGCAGGAUACAAGAUACUGAGCGUUGCUCUCGGACAAGCAGCUGCCUACAUUUUGUCAAAGGGUUCCACUUAUAAAUGGGACACGUGCGGACCGCAAGCCCUUUUGUCAUCAGUAGGCGGAGGCAUCAUCGAAUUCAAAGAAUUUAUCGUGCAUCCAAAUUCCAACUUGGAAAAUCUGAAUGUGAACUAUUUACCUGUCGGCACGAAUUUUUCUAAUCGUACAGGCUUAAUAGCGUAUAGAGAUCCUCAAAUCUUGGAAACAUUCAAAUGCAUUUUAAGUAAAUCAUCUAAUUAAAGUAAAUACGACAAAGAAGUAUAAUGACAACACAUUAUAUUCUGCAGAUUUUUUCGAUAAUUACAUGAUGUUACAUCUAUAUUUGAUUAUCACAAGUAAAUCAUAUCGGACUCGCUCAUAAGUGAGUUACUCCACUCUAUAAAUUUUACGUAGAAGAAUUUUAGCUGAUUUUAUGAAAUUUCUUCAUAACUUUUGUGAUAUUAUCUCCUUAGACUCUGAUUUGAUCGUAUGAAACAUUCUAAUACAGAUGAUAUCCAAACUAUAACAUAACAUUGAUCAGACAGACGGAUUAUUAUUAUUUGUUUAAUGUUGUUAAUUGUUAAUUGUGAUAUAAUAAAUGUGAGUUCAAAUAUAUAUAUAAUAUAUCGUCACUUUUAUGCCGCAACCACGAAUGUGCAAUUUUGUAGCUUAGUUAUUGCUAUUUGAAAAUUUAAUUUGCUCCGAAAAAUCAGAUUCUUGUUUUAUUCUUGUAAUUCCUUCAAGCAUUGAUUUACUGUCGCUAUCGCAUUCGCGUUUCUGACAUCGUUGUCCAAAAUUAGGUAAGAAAAUUAUAUUA